AAUGCCACUCAUAUGUAUCAGAAGACGUGACAUUCAGGUUCUAAACACCAUCAAGGAUACACGAUGUUUUCAAACGAUCAGCCAUCUAAAAUUCAAGAUAUGACAGGAGACGUUUCGAAUAGCAUCCUUCAAAAUGUCGAUAACAAUUCUAUCCGCGAUCCUUUUUACCAUCGGCGCCUCGAAUCAUCUUGCUCGAAUAAUUAUUUCGUCAAAACGAUGGAACGGCAGUCCUGUGAUGAGCACAUAACGAAUGACUUGCCGCUAAUGCCGAUCGGAACCACAUCGAUAACAUCGAUCGCGUCCAAGUGUUUCGACAUCGAGGCGGACAACGAGCAAAGUAUUUACAGUGACGGAUUUCUAGAGCGUUGCAUGGAACUGGCGAGUUAUAACCAUCCCGUCUGUGAUAGAGAAAUCAUCACUUGGUUCAGACAAGUUCGACGACGGUGUUCCAACAUUCGCAAUUGGCUACCAAAGAUGUGUUCGUGCAUGGAGACUGAUAGCUCAUUCCUUGGUCAAUCUGCAUGCAGUUACCAACGACUGAAUCCAAAAAAGAAUCUGUUCUGUUCUUUUGCCCGUGUUUGCACAUCAAAAAAAUUCGCUCAACAAUCAGACGAAAGCGAAGAUGACGAAAAACAGACGGAGGAACUGCGAUUUUACUGCGAUGAUGAUACUUCCUACGACAUGAUCGUUGAGAUGAAUCUUCGCGUAAUCGAUUUGUGCGAAAUUCUUAAAAGGAAAAAAAAUACUAUUGAAAUCGAUUGGACGAUCGUAGAAACCUGGCCAGAGCUAGAAAUAGAACGUACAUUAGAAGAUCACGAAGACAUUUUGGCUGUGCAUAGAGAGAUGAAAACAUUUUCUGUUAAGCGAUCACGAAAAUUUUUUUUCCGUCAAGAUUAUUUUAAGUAUCAGUUUUUCCAUGAUCCAAAGCUAUUCUCUCCCACUGAGAUGAUCAAGAUUCCAGCCGUCUUUGCGGAAGACUGGGACGCCUUGAACGAAGCGGAAGCCACAUUACAAAAAUAUCUUGAAGACGAAGGUGUAGAAUGCCCAGAAGUAUUCGGUUUAGCGUGGAUACAAAACGGCCGUUUGGACGUUUGGAGAAGAAUCCAUUUGCUUCUUCGAGAUCGAAAGCUUUACCAAACGAAAAAGAAAAGGAAGCAAACGUUUUUGUUCGCCCACUUGUCGGAUUACGCGGUGUAUAAGAUCACAAACACCAGGAAGAGAUACGGAGCACCCUUCCCGUGGGGCAUUUGCCUGAGGCCGACCAGCACCGGCCAACUCAAAACCAUCGAGUCUGGAGAAGCCGGACUCAAGGUCAUCGCUUUCCACAGUGAAAAGUCUCGCGCCUGUUGGCUCACGGCCAUGAGACUCGCCAAGUACGGCAAGCAACUGAGAGAAAACUACAGAGCCUUUAAGAAUAAACAGUGCGAACAAACUGACAGCCCAAAGGAUCGAUACGUCAACUACAACGUACCCAACGAAUCAGUGCGGUCACGCGUGGCCAUGGAUUUUACCGGAAGCGUGGGAAGGAUCGUGGAAGAUCCAAAAGAGGCGAAGAAUAUCGCCGAGAACGAAGGGAUAAAUUGGCGGCGAACGUGGAGGCCAUUCUCGAGGCCGCCUCAGGGUUGCGCUAUGGUACGAUUGCACGGAUUGGACGAUGGAUUUCAUGUUUUGCAACCAUGGUUUCACAGAGGAUUGAAAAGAGAUAUCGCCGCAGCGAUAGUUCGAGACCACGGUUCUGUUGACGGCGUAUUCCUGGUACGGGAAAGCAAGAGCAAUUUGGGUGCAUAUGUGCUCACGUAUAAGUACAGUGAGAAAGUAUUCCACGCACAGAUUCAGCCUGUUUUCGACGAGCGAUGCAACUGCUGGCUGUAUACUCUUGACAAGGGCAUAACCCGGUUCUAUGACUUACUCCAACUGAUCGAAUUCUAUCAAUUGAACGCGGGUUGUUUGCCUACCCGACUAACUCACUACGUACAGAACGGCGUUCCCGAGAUGCUUCCUCUUCCGGUUCCUGUACCGUUGCAGCAGGAGGAUGGCGGAGGGUCACCACCAUCACCUAUCGAAUUCGAUCGACGGCUCAGCAGUAACGUAGGUGGUACCACGACUCCCAUUUCUGCUGCUUAUAACGCCGGACAUAAGAGCAUCUGAGGAUAGGAAUUCCAGCGGCCCGCUAGCGUCGAAGAGCGUCUCGUCACGGCCGACUGUUCCCUCGACUACGCUUCUCGACUGAACGGAAUCGCAAACGAGAACAGGUCCGGUGACGCGAACGUUCGAUCUGCGCGCUCGGGUUGCUGGAGUUUGUGCUUGUGCAGCUACAGUAAAUGGAAUUUGUAGCGCGGAUUUUCUGUAGCCAGACAGAAAGAGAAAGAGAGAGAAAGAGAGAGAGAGAAAGAUAAAGAUAGAAUGCCUCUUUGUGGCUAACACUGUUAAAAACAGGGAAAAAAAAAGAACAAAAAGAAGAAGAAGAAGAAGAAGAAGAGAAAUGAUACAAAUCGAUAUGAUAUGUAUAUGAAACCGAUAUGUAAUGAAAAGUGAGCAGAGCUUUGCGGGCUUGUACCGCAAUAUUACGCCCAUCUUCGUUUCCUACUUCUCAUUUCGUUCACGCGUAACCGUAAAUGGAUUCGUUCGCCGUGAUUAACUGGUAUUUCAAAAAUCGGCUUUGAUAGCGGUUAAUCAAUCCCGAUUUUUCGAGUCAUGUAUCACAGCGAUGCACGGUCAAUUCUUUGAUUGAAUCGUGUUACGAAUCGAUUUACAGAUACGAAUUUUUUUGAAAGGAAGCGAGGAUCAGGUGCAGUAGUGGCAUAAGGAAAGAAACGAGUAUUCGUUAGAGGUCACGUUAUUAUUAAGACGAUUAUCAUCGAUGCAAAUUACGAUAAAAUAUAUAUUUUGUACGAACAAGUAGUAGGAUAAAAAA